ACCCCGGCGAUGCCCAUGCCUGGCACAGCCAUCCCCCACCUGCCUCCGACCUGGAUUUCCGACAUCACAACUACAAGGAGAUGAGAAAGCUGAUGAAGAGGGUGAGCGAGCAGUGCCCUGACAUCACACGCGUGUACAGCAUCGGGCGCAGCUCCCGAGGGCUGCGGCUCUACGUCAUGGAGAUCUCCGACCACCCUGGGCAGCACGAGAUUGGUGAGCCGGAGUUCCGCUACGUGGCUGGGAUGCACGGGAACGAGGUGCUGGGCCGGGAACUGCUGCUCAACCUCAUGGAAUACCUGUGCCAGGAAUUCCGGCGGGGAAAUCCCCGCGUGGUGCAGCUGGUGACAGAAACACGGAUCCACCUGCUGCCCUCGAUGAAUCCCGAUGGAUACGAGACUGCAUACAAGCUGGGCUCGGAGCUGUCCGGGUGGGCCAUGGGCCGCUGGACCUAUGAGGGGAUUGAUCUCAAUCACAACUUUGCCGACCUGAACACAGCCCUGUGGGAUGCAGAGGACAACCACCUGGUGCCACACAAGUUCCCCAACCACUACAUCCCCAUCCCCGAGUACUACACCUUCGCCAACGCCACGGUGGCCCCCGAGACGCGGGCGGUGAUCUCCUGGAUGCAGCGCUACCCUUUUGUGCUGAGCGCCAACUUGCAUGGGGGAGAGCUGGUGGUCACCUACCCCUUCGACAUGACCCGAACCUACUGGAAGGCUCAGGAGCUCACCCCCACCCCUGAUGAUGGCGUUUUUCGAUGGUUGGCCACCGUCUAUGCCACCUCCAACCUGGCCAUGGCCAGCGGAGAGCGCCGGCGCUGCCACUACGACGACUUCAUGAGCUUCGGCAACAUCAUCAAUGGGGCCAACUGGCACACGGUGGCAGGCAGUAUGAAUGAUUUCAGCUAUCUGCACACCAACUGCUUCGAGAUCACCGUGGAGCUCUCCUGUGACAAAUUCCCUCAUGUCUCGGAGCUGCCGGAGGAGUGGGAGAACAACAAGGAGUCACUGCUGCUCUUCAUGGAGCAGGUGCACCGUGGGAUCAAGGGAGUGGUUCGGGACAGUGAGACAGAGGAAGGAAUUCCCAAUGCCAUCAUCUCCGUGGAUGGCAUCAACCACGACGUCCGGACAGGUAUUGAAUGGGAAUGGAAUUAG